AGUGAGCUCUGUGAUCGGCCCUGCUCGUAUGAGUGACAGCAGACACAUCCUAUGGGCUCAAAAACGCGGCUGCAAUGUCCGGCACCAUCCGGCAGCUCCAGCCCUACUUGUUCAGUUCAGUUCAGUCGGUCAGUCCUGUCCGUCAGGACGUGAGUCCUGCUCCGUGCCCACCACCCCCAGCGACGCCUGCAUUAUGGCCGCCCCACCGCAGCUGAGGACUCUGCUCUUUGCGGUCAACGCACUAUUGCGCAAGCGCCGCUACCACGCAGCACUGGCCAUGCUUAAGGGCUUCCGGAACGGGGCAGUCUAUGGAGCCAAAAUCCGGGCCCCUCACGCGCUGGUCAUGACCUUUCUUUUCCGGAGUGGCAGCCUCCGGGAGAAACUGCGCGCCAUCCUGCAGGCCACAUACACCCACUCCUGGAACCUGGCCAGGUUUGUGUUCUUCUACAAGGGACUCUGCGCCCUGCAGUCCCACAUCCAGGGUGAGACCUACCAGGCACACUCAUUCGUGUCUGCCUUCAUCGGGGGCUUGCUGGUGUUUGGAAACAACAAUAACAUCAACAGCCAGAUCAACAUGUACCUGCUAUCCCGCGUCCUGUUUGCCCUGUGCCGCCUGGGUGUGGAGAAGGGCUUCAUCCCUGAACCCAGGUCGGACCCAUUUCCAUGGUUCACGGGGCUGGUGUGGGGGCUGGUACUGUGGCUCUUCGAGUACCACCGGCCAACCCUGCACCCCUCGCUGCAGUCGUCCAUGACCUACCUGUACGAGGACAGCAACGUGUGGCACGACCUCUCGGACUUCCUUAUCUACAACAAGAGCCAGCCCUCCAAGUAACAGGGCCCUCAGGUGCUCAGGAAGGCUCCUGCACCCCAGUCAGGUGACGGAGGUGUCCAGCUGUGGUUUGAGAUUAUGGCUCCACCUGCUAACCAUCCCAGAGGAUCCUACCUCUUCAAGAUCUGGGGUCUCAGACUCUAACUUUUAUUAGCCCAGGGCUCCAUUUGGCGAAAUGGAAGCACUGAUUAUCAGUUCUCAUUAGGUACUCUAGAACGAGCCACCGAAUCAGGCUGAGGAGCCUUGGGCACGGUGACAGCUGCUGACUCUUGAGAGACCAGGGAAGGUCACACCCCACCCUGGGCCUCAGGGAUCAUCGAGCCCAGACGAGGGCACCGAAGUCUCUUUCUGGUGGGUAUGUUCUCUGACCAUUCUGUAACAGAGGGCUUCUGGGUGGUGGGCUGCUGCUGCUAAGUUGCUUCAGUCAUGUCUGACUCUGUGCGACCCCAUAGAUGGCAGCCCACCAGGCUCCCCCGUCCCUGGGAUUCUCCAGGCAAGAACACUGGAGUGGGUUGCCAUUUCCUUCUCCAAUGCAUGAAAGUGAAAAAUGAAAGUGAAGUCGCUCAGUCGUGUCCGACUCUUAGCGACCCCAUGAACUGCAGCCCACCAGGCUCCUCUGUCCAUGGGAUUUUCCAGGCAAGAGUACUGGAGUGGAGUGCCAUUGCCUUGGGCAGUGGGUUGCAAAAAUGCAUUUUUAGACAAUACUCAGUUUCUUGCCUUGGGUGUUCUAUUGUAGAAGCUCCAGCGUUUCCACUGUCCAAAAGAAACACAGUGUGAGACAUAUGUGACUGAGCUUUUUUUAGCAGCCACAGUUUUUAAAAAGUGGAGGGAAUUCCUGGUGGUCCAGUGGUUAGGACUCCGCUGUCACUGCCAAGUAUAUGGAUUCUCUCUCUGGUUGGGGAGCUAAGAUCCCACAUGCCACGAGGUAUGGCCAAAAAAAAAAAAAAUGUGGGGAGAGAAAGAAGCAGAGGAGAUUAACCUUAAUUAUAUCUUUGAAUCCAAUAUUUCUCAAAUGUUAUCAUUUUAAUGUGUUAAAUAUAGAAAUUAAUAAGAUAUUUUACAUUCUAUUUUUCUUGUACUAAGUCAUCAGAAUUAGGUGUGUGUUUUACACUUUCAGCAUUUUUCAGUUUGGACUAGUCACAUUUCAAGUGCUCAGCAGCCACAUGUGGCUAGUGGCUGCUGUAUUGGACAGCACAGAUUAGAACAUUCUAUCCUUGCAGAAAAUUCUAGUGGACAGUGCAGAUACAGAGCUGGAGGACCUGGGCUUGAGUCCCUACCGGACUGCUGUGUAACCUUGGGGAAGGUUCUUCUCAGAGGCUCAGUUUCUACUAAAGUGAGGAUAAUCAUAGUAAUACCUGGUGUCUACAUUGGACUUGUGUAGCUACGUGGCUGCUUCAACUACUAAUGACAUCCACCUAGUGAACUCCUCCUUCCUCCUUCCUGGGUGCUUUGCACAUUAUUAUUUGUAACCCAUACAGUGACCUUGCAGGUACAUAUCUUGAUCUCCAUUUCACAGAUGUGGAAACUGAGGCUCAGAGAAGUAACCUGCCAAAGGCAAUACAACAAGUGUGACAGCCAAACCAGAUCUGUGUGAUUUCAAAGCUCCUUUUUUUUCAGUGCCUUAAAUUUAGAAAGUUAAACUAUGCUAUGCAAAAUUAGCGAGUUAUUGGGGUGCACACUCAAAUGCCUAUAGGGACCUGGGAAGUGGCAUAAAUGAUGAUGUUCUGGGUGCUAUGCCGUCGGAAGGGACGGGGACUUGGUGAACUGGAGACGUGUGUGUGUGUCAGAACUAAUUUUUUUCUUUUUUAACCACCAAGCUGAACAAAUCAAACACAUCUCCAGGAGAUUUGGUCCAUGGGCCAUCAAUUGGAGUAGGCAUACUUCAAUCUCUUUUUAUAUUUUGAAAAUUACUAGUAGAAAUAUCCACAUGAGUCACUGGAGAUCUUAUUAAAAUGUAGAUUUUGAUUCAGUGGGUUUGGGGUGGGGCCUGGGUUUCUCACGGCCCCUGGGUGAUGGCUGCUGCUGUUCUGAGCUUGAGUAACAAGGUGGUAGGGAAUGACAGGGGCCAGCCAGUAGCCCUUGUGACGAAUGAGGAAGCUAUGUCACAGAGCUGUUAGGUCAUGAAGGUGGGACUGGGUCUGAGUCUAAACGGUGUAUUCUCAGGCACAAUGUUGUACUGCCAGCUUAGAGAAGGUAGUCUUGAAGUUCCCUUAGUUCACUCUGUGGAGGCUGAAUGAGGUCCUGAGGUUGUGGGGAGGAUAGAGGGUAGCCACCAGCAAGUGGGUUUUAAAGCAGAUGCUGGAGUGCCCCACCCACAUCCCGUCUAACUUACCACUUCAGUGCACACCAGCCACCAUACUGCUACCCUGAGUCUUUCUGCCUGAGGGCUCCUCCCUUGCUCUCGGCACCUGCUCUGUCAGCCUGUGGCAGACCUGCAGUGCUGGAGAUGAAUACAUCCUGGGAGCAGCUGUCAACCAGGGACUGGUGGCGACCCCCACUCCUGCCCUCCGAUUGCCACUGGGUGGGAUAACUCCCAGGUGCCUGCUCCACGCUGGUUCCCGGAGCACCCAGCAGGACUGAACUCCGGCCGCCCACAGCGGUCACUUGUGUGAUAACACCUCCUCCCUUGUCCCCUUUCCUCGUGCCCCUACCACUGCUUCCCGGGACCACUUCUCACAGAAACUGCUUGCCCUCAACAUCCUCAUCUCGGGGUCUGCUCUUGGGGGAACCCAAACUAAAACUGGCCCCUGGUGCAGCGAGUUGAGGGGUAGCAGAGCUUGGUGGUUAAGGCUGUCAGCUUUGGAACCCAGAAUGUAUGGGCUCAGUUCUGGCCCCGCUGGUUCCUUGUAAGUGACUUAACCAUUCAGGGCCUCCGUCUUGUCAUCUGUUAAACAGCCAUUUUCACGGCACAUGCCUUGGAGGGUGGUAUGGAGGAUUAAAUGAUACGACAGCAUAUAAAGUAAGCACUCGA